CCCAAUGAAAUAAGACCAUGUAAGUCGGGAAAAGAAAGCUAAGAAGAAAAGUUAUAAGAUAAGAGAGUUAAAAAUAUGCAUGCAUACAUCAAAAUGUGCUUUUGUCACAUAUCUACACAUAGUUUCACUUAAAACCUAUGAAUUUGAGCAUACAAUAAAACCAAAACACGAACAACCCCACCUACAAAAACCCUAGAGUCCCCCACUUGUGCACAAUCAUGUGAACACAUUAGAAAAUUAGAAAUACAUAUCAAGUAGGCCACCACCCCUUCCUUAUCUAAGCACCAUUCUUCACUCUAUUGUCCCCCUUUGCUCCCAAAGCCCAAACCCAAACCUAAACAGGAAUCUCUACCAAGGACUUCACCCCCACUCUCGAUCCCCGUGCGUGAUCUCCUCUGCCUCUGCAAGCCAAAAAACUAUACAGUUACACGCGUACAAAAUGCGCGUGGGGGUAAUAAAAGGGUCAAGAUCGAAGGGGAGGGCCCAAAUGACUAAGGGCGUCGCUUUUGCAGAAGGCCCCUCGACUUUUACGCGGGUGCUGCCUCUGCGCUCUCUGCCUCUCUCAGCCUUUCAUCGUACUUUUGUCACGUCAAUCAUCUGCACGCGCCCCGACCUCGCCACUGUGCUUACUCUCUCUCUAUUUCUCUGUCUCCCUCCCCACCGUACGCGUGUCGCUGAGGAAGGGCUAUUUCCGUCAUUUUAGGAUAAGUUACCUCCCACCAGCCAGCUGCAACAGUCCAUAAGCGCAGGUCAGAAAAUUUUCUCCCUCUUUGCUUUUCUUCUUCGUCGCAGGGUACUUACUCAUAUAUCAUAUCCCGAGAUGCGGUGGAACACGUGGCGGGAGAUGUGUGGUGGAUAGGACCCACUUAGGAACUGGAUCCGUCUUUGUCCGUGCAGAGGCUUGUCGGCAACUUAUAUAAGGUUAAAGGUUGUGUUGAUCGUACGGCCAGGAUUCAUGAAUGGGCCAAAACUGAGCUGAAGCGUCAGAGGCCGACCCAGAGCUAUAAAUCGCAGGAUGAGACGGAUAACUGGCAAACACCAAACUACCCAAUUUCUACUUUUUUUUCUUUUAAUAUUAUAAUCACACCUUAUGUUUUUUUUUUUUUGUUUUUUUUUUUAAAAAGAAGAAAAAUCUGCAAAUUUUUGCUACCCAAAAAUUACAAAUCUCUCCCAAAGAAAAGAGGAUUGUGAACUACUAUAGUCACAAUGUUAUAACUCCAAUGCAGGACUUCGAAUGCAAGCGAUAUUGAGGAGGAGAUUUGAAUAUAAGACUUCGAAUGCAAGCAAGUCAAAGCAUACGCUCUUUAAACAAAUCCGAAAACAAUCCCAAGAAUCAUGGGCAGGACAGGAGAGCUCCAUUAUAAACAGAACAAGACCUCCUUACUGCAUUGUCCUCUGCAGCACCAAGAGAUAGGAAGCUAUGGAUUUUAAGAACUUUCAGGAGGAGUAUCUGGAUAUGGUGUUGGUACCAAGUGGGCUAUUGAUCAUGCUAAUUUACCACCUCUUCCUCCUCUAUAAGUACCUCAAACAUCCUCUCUCCACAGCCAUGGGCUAUGAAAACAAGGACAAAAAAACUUGGGUUGGAAAAAUUCUUCAGGGUCAAGAUAGUGCUACAGCUGUCACUGUGAUUUCCACCAAUACAACUGCAACUAUUUACUUGGCAACAAUCUCUUUAACUCUUUGUUCUCUCAUUGGAGCUUGGAUGGCAAAAUCCACCAACAAUUUCUUCCCAAGAGAAAUAAUAUAUGGCAACACAAGCCCAUCCAUUAUUUCUAUCAAGUACAUUUGCCUCUUGACCUGUUUUCUCCUGGCUUUUUCAUGCUUUGUUCAAUCAGCCAGGCACCUUGUCCAUUCAAACUACCUGCUAAGCACUCCAGGAGCUACUUCUAAAGCUGAUGUGAGAAAAGCUAAGAGAGCGGUUGAAAAGGGAAGUGAAUUUUGGUCACUGGGGCUUAGAGCACUAUAUUUUGCUCUUAAUUUUCUGCUAUGGUUUUUUGGACCUGUGCCCAUGUUUGUUUCGUCUGUCACAACGGUUGUGAUCUUAUCUUGCCACGACUUCAAGAGGUCAGAUAAUAAUCAAAAGUGGCCUGCCUCAGCUGUGGCUGUAAAUGAAAGUGCAUUAUUAAUUUCUUGAGCUUCAAGUUUGUAGAAUUGGAUCAAAUUUCAUUGAUCAUAAAUGCAUUAACUUCCAGGUUUUUUAUGUCCUCUGCAACAUAGCCUUUGUUUGCUUUUCUUUUUGGGUUUAAUCUCAAGGUUACAGGAAGUCCUGGAAUUGAAAAACUUGAGGUGUACUUGUACAACUGCCAGUCAAUGUUCGUUUAUACGGGCGGUUUGGCAGGAUGUUUUACACACACGCAUGUGUUUGCUUUACAAUUCUGAAAAAAUAAUUCUAUUUGGUCAACUCAAUCAACCAA